AUGAAAAAAAGGACACAAUUUGGCACUUACCACCACCUUGUUCAGGAGCUGCGAAUAAGCCCGGAAAAGCUCCUGCAGUACUUCAGAAUGAGUACACAGCAAAUAGAGGACCUGCUGUCAAUUACUGGACCUGACAUCACAGGGAUGUCUAUAAAUUACCGGACACCAAUUGGGCCAAAGGAAAAACUUUCAGUGACAUUGAGGUAUCUGGCCUCAGGAAAUUCAGUCAGAACGCUUGCCUUCCACUAUCGUAUGGGGGAGAGCACAGUGGCUAAAGCCAUCAAGGACACAUGUGCUGCAAUUAACAGGCGCAUGAUGGAUACACACCUAGCAAGACCUACUGAGCAGGAGUGGAGGAAUAUUGCUUCAAAGUUUUCAACUAGGUGGAAUUUCCCUAACUGCAUAGGAGCGAUAGAUGGGAAGCACAUCCUCCUCUUUGCACCACCUCAUUCAGGCAGCCUUUACUUUAAUUACAAAAAAACAUUCUCUGUAGUAUUAUUGGCUGUGGUCGAUGCUGAAUAUCGCUUCCGUCUAGUCCAUAUUGGAGAGUAUGGACGGUCAAGUGAUGGGGGUGUCUUUGCUGGCUCAGCCAUAGGGCAGGCAUUGGAUGCAAAAAAGCUGGAGGUGCCAGAUGAUCAGCAGCUACCAGGAGCAGAGCACCUGGGGAACAUGCCAUUCACCAUUGUUGGGGAUGCAGCAUUCCCAUUAAAAACCUACGUGAUGCGGCCUUACCCUGGUCGAGACAUAUCCACACAACAACGCAUCUUCAACAGAUUGUCUCGAGUGCGCAAUGUGGUGGAAAAUGCCUUUGGCAUUUUGUCAUCUCGCUGGAGGAUCCUGCAUAGCAGGAUCAACAUACACCCUGACAAAAUAAACAGCCUUAUUUUGUCAGCAUGCCUCCUGCACAACUUUCUUCUCAAGCCAAUGGAAGUAGAGAGGUGGCUAAAUACCAGUGCUCCAACUACUGGAUCAAUGGAGAGCAUCUCUACUGCUGGUGGACCUCGUGGUGCAAGGGAGGCCUACACUGUUCGAGAUAAAUUCUGCUCUUUUUUCAACUCUGAAGGACAUGUAUCUUGGCAGAAUGAAAUGGUGUAA